CUCGCGCUCCUGCGCGCGUAUGAAAGGUUUGCGCGUGCCUGCUGAAACAGCGGUGUCUUGUGCGCGAACUAACGUGGGAUUCACUUUUCACUGACGGGCGUCCGUGGGAGAGCGCAUUUGUGUUUUUUUUAAUAAUUGGCGUGGCGUCCAUUUCCCGGUGGUCUCGUGCGAUGGGCGUGCGAUGGGCGGCGAGGGGAGUAAAAACAAGGAAUCGGCGUCACCGGUGAAGAGGAGAUCCCUGUCAUGUCACCAGGGCUUCCUUUCUCUCCCGCCUCAGCUUCUUCAUCACGGUGUAUUUAGACGCCACGGCCAGCACAGAGAAUACCCCGUCUCUGAGCAAUCUCGGCCCUCAGACUCCAACCCCGAGGGGCCUCGUCUAGAGUGGACGCUGCCAGGCUUUAUUUCUAUUUUCCUGCCGGAAUUUCCUCACGGGUUCACUGCACAGAAGCAUUUAAAGAUUCUUGGUUUUGUAGCGAAGGGCUCGUUUGGUCCAAUCCUGAAGGUGAAAGACGUGUCUAAAGACGAGACCUACGCUAUCAAGGUUUUACCCAAAGCUGAGGUUUUGAGACACGGAGUCCUCCAGCAGUCCAAAGAGGAGGUGAUAAUUCAACGACAAGUCAGACAUCCUUUCGUCCUCAGUCUCCGGGACUGUUGGCAGAGCCAGAGCAAUCUCUUCAUCAUGUGUGAUUACUGCAGUACUGGAGAUCUGUAUACUUACUGGACCCUGAAGGGCCGCUUUGAUGAGAGAGAUGUUCGAGUGUUUGCUGCCGAGUUGGGCUCUGCUUUGGGCUUUUUGCAUGAUUUUGGAGUAAUACAUAGAGAUGUGAAGAUGGAGAACAUACUUCUGACUGAUAAAGGUCACGUCCGCUUGACUGAUUUCGGUCUGUCUCGCCGUCUUGAGCGUGGGGAUAGAGCUUUUACUAUCUGCGGCACGAUACAGUACAUGGCUCCCGAGGUCCUGAGCGGCGGUCCGUACAGCCACGCUGCAGACUGGUGGUCUCUUGGUAUUCUUCUCUAUGCUCUAGCCACUGGAGGGUUUCCCCUGCCUGCGGAAGCAGAUCAUUGUGAUAUGUUGAGCAGCGUCAGUGAGUGUCCGUAUGACAUGCCUGCGAGCCUCGGCCCAUCUCUGGCCUUCCUGCUCAUAGAGCUUCUGUGUAAGAUCCCCACACGUCGCUUACGCUGCCUGGAGCUCUUCCAAAGCCAGGCGGUUUUCCACGGCAUGUCUUUUGACUCCCAGCUGCUGCAGAAACGUCCCAUUGAGCCAAUCCUGGAGCUGAAGAAUCAUCCUGACCGACCGGAAAGGUCGAUGCGAGGCUUAUCAUUAGACCUGCUUCAGAAUUUUGAGUGUGACCUACUGAACUCUCCAUCCACCCCGGCAGAUGCGUCUCCUACCUUGAUGAAGAUUGAGGUAAAUGAAGACGCGGCAGGGGCUAAAACAAAAGCUACAGGAGCCAAUUCUACAUGAAAACGUAAAUGUAAAAUUCAGUGAUUUGCCAAAGACGAGAUAAAAUGAUAUGUAAAUAGCCAGUCAAUAACAAGUAUUAAUAUCUAAGUCUUAUUUAUUAAUCAUGUUUCUAGUCUUUGAAUAUGCCUACCUAAGCUUACCUCAUUUUUGAAUGUUAAGUUUUGCCUUAAUAUAAGGCAAUGUUUGUCUUAAAAGUAUAGGAACUGAUGUUUUUUAUUUAGUUACUGUGUAUAAUAGAAAGAGUAUAUCAUUUAAAUGAAUCUCUUUUUGUAAAUUAAUUUUUAUAUUCAUACUGGUUAGAGUGAUGCCCCUUUAAUGUGGCACCAUAAGAGUGAUAAUCUGUGACAAAUAAAAUUCCUAACGCUUACAUGUAAGUAUAUUAUGAUAUGCCUUUUUGUAAAUAAUAGUUCCAAAUGAAGCCAAAGCAGAAUCAACUUUUGUGCAUUUCCGGAAACGCCCCAGGAAUAGUAUUUUGCUUCAAAAUGAAUCUGUGUUUUUGAACAAAUUUGUUGAGUGAGUGAUUCAAUGACUCUCUCAUAAAGACCUGUCACUUGUUUCGCUAACGAAUAAAUCUGUUUUUGAAUGAAA